CAAGGAAGGAGGGAGCCGAUUGAAUUUUGGGCCUUGAAACUGGGCAUGUCAGAGCGACCAAAAUACGGGCUCCGAUACCAGUCGAUCAAUCUGGUCAAUGACUUAUUUGCUGGUCGGUCAUCGCUCGACUCCCGCUAAUGUGACAGGUUGAUCGUCAUUAAUUAAUUAAUUAAUUAUCACGCCGGCGACUUGCUGUGGUUCGCGCUGCUGACUACAUUCUUUCACCCAAAUAUUGACACUGUCGCCGCUGUUCUGUUGCCAUCGCAGACUCACCAUUGUUUUCUUUCACCACCCCCUCCCAUUGAUUUCCUCAAAGAACUGCGACUUGCGACCACUGUUUACAACCCUGUUGACGCAUCGAAGAGCUGUAUCGUAAAUUUGUCAAUACGCAGCCACCCGACCUGGUGCAAGAUGCAUAGGUACCGCUCAUGGGCACGCCAUUCGGCCUGGUAUGAUGAAGAAGGAGAACAGGCCGCUAGCCACAACCCGUUUAAGAAGUUUCGCGCCAACAAGAGAGCUUCAGAGAACACCACGCGCCAACUGGAAGAGGGUUCAUUUCAACGUCGCGCUACAACAGGUAAUACCUACAUACGGACAGAACACCAGGGCCGCCAGGAACUGAAUGAAGAUCAUCAUCGUUUAGGGCACCCGGACACAUGGCCACCUGCUUCAGGAGGUACAGAGCUAGCACAACUUGGGGACGGACCAGUAUGGGAAGAAAACUCGGCACCCGCCAGCAGCCAGGGACCUAUCAACACCUCGCGCGGCCUAGAGGAGGAGACAAAACCCAGGCGUAGAAAGAUUCGUGGCCUGUUCAAAUCUGAAAGAGAACCCAUACCGGAGGAGGACGACGUGCAGAAGCCCCAUUUCACUGUCGCUAGCCAGCUGAGGGCUACUAUCUUCAAUUCAUGGAUCAACCUCUUGUUGGUUUGUGUGCCUGCCGGAAUUGCUAUUAAUUAUGUCGGUGUCAACAAAACUGCUGUCUUUGUUGUCAACUUUAUUGCUAUCAUCCCUCUCGCCGCAAUGCUCAGUUAUGCAACGGAGGAAAUUGCUAUACGGACUGGCGAGACACUCGGUGGUCUUUUGAAUGCGACUUUUGGUAACGCCGUUGAGUUGAUUGUCGCCAUCAUUGCCCUCGUCAAGGGCGAAGUCACAAUUGUUCAGACGUCUCUGGUUGGCAGUAUGCUUUCGAAUUUGCUUCUAGUCAUGGGCAUGUGCUUCUUCUUCGGUGGUCUCAAUCGUAUCACUCAGAACUUCAAUGAAGUUGUUGCGCAGACCGCAGCUAGUUUGUUGGCACUCGCGGUCUCCAGUCUGAUCAUCCCGACGGCAUUCCGUAAAUGGGCUGCAGGUGGUGCCAGUCACACCGAUGAACUAUCUCGAGGUACUAGCGUUAUCUUGCUUUUGGUUUAUGGGGCGUAUCUAUUCUUCCAGCUGAAAAGCCAUUCGGAAAUUUACAACAAGCCUAGCGAGAAAACAGAGAAGCGAAAGAAGUCGACUCGGUCCGAUGGCGACACUCACAAGGGACUGGCUGCGAUGGGACAAUUGGGCGCGAGCCUAGCUGGCCAAAGCACCUCGCCUGAGAUGCAUAAAGAUGAGGAAGAAGGGAGGGAAGACCAACCAGAGGAGCCACAACUUCAUUUUUACGUGGCCAUUCUCACACUGGUCAUAUCGACUGUAUUUGUGGCGCUGUGCGCAGAGUAUAUGGUGGAUGCUAUCGAUGCCAUCACAUCGGGAAACAGCGGCAUUUCGAAGACAUUUGUCGGGUUGAUCUUGCUUCCUAUUGUCGGUAAUGCUGCAGAGCACGCGACUGCAGUGACGGUGGCCUGCAAGGAUAAGAUGGAUCUCGCGAUCGGAGUGGCGGUAGGUUCGAGCAUGCAGAUUGCGCUCCUGGUGCUUCCCCUGAUCGUGGUGAUUGGCUGGAUUAUUGGAAACGAUGAUAUGACUCUCGACUUUGGCGACGGAUUCCAAGUGACGGUCUUGUUUGUGUCGGUUCUUUUAGUCAACUAUCUCAUCGCAGACGGCAAGUCGCACUGGCUGGAAGGUGUUUUGUUGAUGACGCUGUACAUCAUUAUCGCGAUUGCCGCGUGGUUCUACGAUUCUUAAUCUCCCAAAAUUUGAGGUUUCUCUUUCAUAUUUUUGUUUUAUAGACAUUUUUCUGCUGAGAAUGAUACCCCUUUCACCACCGGCAGUUGUUUGUUUCCUUAUCUUACCAUAUCUUACCAUUCUUUGAUGUUCCUAUUUCUUCUGAUGUACUUACUGUAUUAUCUUAAUAAGAUACAAAAUAAUUAUUUAUUCUA